AUGGCCAUCAGGUCUCUCGCCUUCAACGAGCUGUAUGGGAGCAUACCAAGCACUCUCACACAGCUCACAUACCUUAUCCGUUCUCUUCUCCUCCCUCAUCCAUACACCCAUGCCAAUCAACAACCCCUCACACCUCCGCCCCUUGAACUCCGCUUUUCCAAGUCUGGGCGCAUUGAGGUGACCCCCUUGCGUCCUUCUCCUGGCACCUGCCCCUCCCCUUGCAGCGACCUCUCCCACAACUACCUCACAGGACCUGCAGUGAUGCCUCCUGAUGCACGCACCCUGGAUCUCUCCACCAACUUCCUUUCGGGCCCUCUGCCCCACGGGGCAUGCCAGCCUCUCUCUUUUGAUGCCAACUGCUUCACGCUGCCUCUUGGCUGUGCCUUGGUGCCGCAACGCCAGGAGGCAGCACGCAAUGCGUUCUGUGGCGUCUCCUCUGCUGUUGGUGCUGCUGCUGCUGCUGCAUGUGGAGGGCAUGGGGUGUGCUAUCCAGAAGGGGCUAGCUUGGCCCCCACAUGUCUGUGCGACGCGGGAUUUGUGCAAUUUGGAGUGAUCAGCUGUGCUGCUCAAGACCAGAACAAGAAUUACUCAAGCAGCCAGCCGGUUCUCCCGCCAGCAUCUGUGCUCACCAAGGGGACACAGCGUGAGACGAGGGGAAACUUCACCGCUGCGCCGGUGACGCUGUUUGUGUACGAGGCAGGGCAGAAGGCGUUGGGGUGUGGGCUGGAGCUCGCCUUCCACGCCAACUUCACCUUCUCCAUUGCGCCUCGAUCUGGCCGUGUAGGCUUCAACGGCUUCGCCUUUGUCGUCUCGGCAACAGACCGGGUGGGGAGCGGCGCUGGUGUGGGGUACGGUGGAAUGGACACGCGGAGCAUGGCGGUGGAGUUUGACACUUUGCAGAACAAGGAGCAUGGCGACAUGAGCAGCCAGCAUGUAGGGCUGAACAUUCGAGGCAAGGAAAGGUCGUUAGUCUCUGUAAGGUCGCCCUUCCCUCUGAGCAACAGGAAGGCGUACACGGCGUGGGUGGACUAUGAGCCGGGGGACCCCGGCACCAUUCAGGUCUUCCUGGCUGACUCGCAGGAAAAGCCACAGCAGGCGGUGUUGGAGAGGAGGCUGGCGCUGUGUGAGGUGCUGCAGGGUGCAGCCGAGCAGCCCACCUUCUUCUUUGGCUUCGUGGCGUCCACCACUGUGAAGCCGUUUCAGCGGCACGUCAUUCUUGAAUCGACAGUGGAUACAGGUUAG